AUGUCAGCGCCUAUGAAUCCAAAUGCCAAAAGGCUGCGAACCAUUAUUGUUUCCUUCCCACUUCUUGUAGUAACGACCGUCAUCUUGUACAGGAGGACUAUGCUGGGUGAAGAACAACGUAAAAUACCGCGAAACAUUACCGAUUCGCGAAUUGCUCAAGAGAGGCUUGGUCAAGUGGGAGGUGUACCAUGGGAAGUGCAAACGUUAGAUCGCGAAGCGAAACAAACUGAAUCAACACAAUCUCGGUGA